UCUGUCUAACCGCAGUUGCCAAACCAAAAAAGUUGCCGUUUAUCUUAAAAAUUUAUAGUUUUAUAAGCACUACUGGAUAUAGCACAAGUCAGCCAUUUCAUCGUUCAAUCAUCAUUAUUAAUCUAUUACCCCGGUUAUUAAUACCGGGUAAUAUUCUCCGACAAUGAGAUCUACGAACUAUUUACCAGAUCAAUUCAUCAAUGUGUCGUCGUCAAUUUGGUUCAACGCAGUGGAAGAUAUGAACUCGAAUUUUGAGGAGAUUUUUCAGGGAUGGCUGGAAAAAGAGGAGUACAAUAAGACCAAAGGCUUUCUCAAGAAAAGCAAGUACUGGAAGAAAUAUUUCUGCGUUUUGCGACGUUACGAAGGUGACUCCAAUGUUUAUCUCCAGUGGUUUGACAAGGAGGAGGACUGGAGAAAAGAAUAUCCCAUAGGCACUUUCGGCCUUUUUCCGAAAUACGCCGUCUACAAACACAAAGUGGAAAGGGGGAAGAAUCAUUUUGAGAUUUCCAACGAAGAAGAGGCUCAUUAUUUUUUGUCAAGCAACGAGAGGACGAUGGAUUUGUGGGUCAUACAACUUAUGAUGCAAACUCGACUCAGCUCUUCCAUGAUUGCAUCAAGCUUUAGGGUGAAAGGUGACGACAGCGACGAGAGAAAAGAUAUGCAAAGAAUCGGUGCCAAGAGCCUAAAUUGUCUACUGCAUCUGUCGGAGUGGGGUAUGACCAUUGCCUUGGAGAGGACCCACUCCGUUCUCUCUCAAUGGCCGCUGACCACGAUAAGAAAUUUUGAAUGCACGGACAACAACGAGUUUAUGUUUGAAGCCGGUCGGAAAUCGCCAAUGGGAGAAGGCAAAUACAAGUUUUCUACCUACAACAACGAAGAUAACGCCAUAUUUGAUCUUCUUGAUCAUUACACUACCAUGAGAGCGCGUCGCAUCAAAUCUCCAGGAUCGAGAAAUCGAUUGGAUUCAGCGAACGAUGAUGAGAUUGCUCAAGCAUACGGGCAGUUACGUUGGAGCGUCAUGUUGAGCCCUUCACAGUUAAAUCUCGGAGUGAUUCCCGGAAUGCCCAGUCAACCACAAGACAUCGCUCCGAUUAGACAACCUAAAGACAAUGGUAUUGUUCGCCACGGAAACGGUCAGACAUCUGUGAACGGAGCAAGCAAUUCAUACAACCACCUAGAUUACUUUGGUAGUCUGGAAGAAGUUCUGCAAAGAUCGAGAAGCAGCUGGGGUAAUGCCAAUAACAAACGCUCAAUACGGGAACAGAGAAUCGGGGACUCUUACGACCAUCUGGAACGUACGAAUAGCUACAACGGAAGUCCUUCAGCGGUUGAAAACCGAUCGCAUUCUCUUAGCAGUGUAGAUGGACGAAACCGCUCUGGGUUUUCGAGUCCGCCACCAGAAUACAGUCGUCUGUCGAGAGAGCGUAUUGCAUCGUUGCCAAGCAAAAGUCCAAAUUCGGAAUUUUAUGAUCGACUGGAUAAGGAUAAAGUGGAAAGGAAGCACGCUUCGUUGCCAAGGAACAGUAGCGCGGGAAGUUCAGUUUUCUAUGACAAACUUGAUCGAUCCAUGGCUAGCAUACAUCAGGGUCCAGAGACGAACAGUUAUGACCGGCUGGACAGUAUGCAAGGAAGCGAGGCGGUCUUGAAUAAAAGUUCAACGGCUAGUCCUCCUUCAUAUGAUGCUAACGAGUACGAUGUGUUUGGAAAUCCGAGAAAAUACACACCAAAGUCCUACGAAUUUCUGCCACAAAGUGGUUCAACCACCGAAGAACUUCCUCCUCCCAUUCCCAGUAAACCUUCAUUCAUGUUAAAAGGCCAGAAAACGGCCAGUCCAGUGAAACCCGGACCCAGUCCACCAACAGACUCCGCUUCGCAGAAACAAGAUGAACCUCUACCACCUACACCUAUGGUUGAUAUGGUUGCAUCAAAAACUACUAUCCAAAAUGGAUCCGUACAAUCCAUAGAUAUCAAUGGAAGCACUUUAUCUUCCAAUGGGGACACCCAGCAUUACCAAAGUAUUUAUGAUGAAUCUUCCUCCGGUGUCAACGGAUCACAUUAUCAGACUGUCGAUGAUCAGAAAGAAAAUUCAGAAUACACAGAACCACUUCCUAGAAACAGCAUUCAUUCCAGCAAUCCCAACUUGAACAAGAUCACUAACGAAGGGAAAGGAAAGUUAGACCCAUCUAAAAAGCUUACCCUACAUCGUAGCGCCCCUUCGCUAGCACAUUAUUCCACGGUCAAUAAGAAAACCAAAGGUUCGCCCAGGUUGACGAAGGCGAGCAGUACAUUUAAGCUCUUCAAGAAGAUCGGAAGAUCUUCAAAGAAGGAGGGACCCACAUACGAGAAAAUACCGCGAAGAAGCAAAAAAGGAUCAAAAAAGGACUUGACAGCGAUAUCGACGUCAAAUUUGAGGCAGGACGAUGAUGUAUCGUACGUUGAUGUAGACGGAGAAGAAAGCACGCUGGCAAGAAAUUCAAGAACAUCCACUGCAUCAAGACCACUUCCAUCACUACCGCAGAGGUCAAGUUGGAAUAUAUAACGAGAAGAAAAAGGUUUAACCGACUCGAGAUUUCCAAGUGCUGUUUUUGGCAAGACGGGUGGCGGCUUUGAAUAAGUCUUCAAGUAGUUUUUAUGUAUUGUCAUGACAGAUUUUUAAUUUUGAAAAUAAUUUGAAAAUGAAAACGAGUGCGCUAAUGCUUUUUAUACUCAAUAUUUGCGUAAAUGCAGCGCAAACAAAUUUUUAGUACUUUUAAAGAGGUGAUUUUUUUAAAACAAAUAAACGCAGAUCGAAUAAAUAUUUUAAUUAUA